UUGCACCACGUGAGUACCAAUAACCUCCCAAGGGCUACAUUUUCCCGCCAAAUCGCCGAAAUUAGCCAAGGCCAAGCCUUCCUCAACGGUCAAAACUUCCGCUUUUGACAAGCAGGAAUCUGCAUUACCCACAGUGACAGUUGACAGACCCUAGUUGACGUCUUUGACAUAAAGUCAAUUACAGGAUUUUGUAAUAGAAGUUUUUGAUCCUGAACAUAGGCAAAUGUUUUGACUGAGGUGCAGUUUUGGUUGCCUAUCGACUUCUGUCACCGUUAUUGAUUUUUUUUAAUCAGCUGUUCGGCUCAAGUGAUAUCUGACAGUUCGUUUUAAUUAAAAAAAAAAGAGAAUUAUUUAUCCCUUUACCUGUUUUUAUUAGGUUUAAGAGCAUUAUUUGUGGAAUUUUUAAAUUUCUAAGCAAUAUGUCACUUACUCCGAAACAAAUUAAAACAAUCAUUGAUGAAUCUAAAGCAGCCCAAGAGCGCGUUCAACAUCUUGAACAGGUGUUGACAGCAAACAUGGCAAGGCAACAGGUUGAUAGUUACCGAGUUCCGAAAAUUCCUACAUUCUGUCGGGCUGAUCCUGCACUGUGGUUCAUGCAGGUAGAAAUUUCACUUCGGAAUGCUCGGAUUACAAGCGAAACUACCAAAGCUGACAGUAUGUUAGCAGCUCUCGAUGUUGAGGUACUUGGCAGUGUUAAGGAUAUCAUUGCCAUGAGUCCACCUCCUCCUGACAUUUUUGAAAAGCUCAAGGAAAGAAUCAUUAAGACAUUUGCUGUAUCUAAUGAAGCCAAGCUGAGACAACUUUUAAAGGGGCAGGUGUUAACAGACGGUAAGCCAUCCUUAAUUUUAAGCCGACUUCGCAAUCUUAAUGUUAACAACGCGGUUGAUGAUUCAAUUCUCAAGUCAUUAUUUUUAGAACAGCUACCCGAGCAGCACCGAGGCAUUGUCAUAUCAAAUACGGCAACCUUAGAUGCCAUGGCUGAGUUGGCUGAUCAACUUGCGGAUAUUUCUAGCUCGUCUCCGUGUAAUCCUCAAAUUAAUGCUGUUAAUGCUGAGCUUUCCGCCUCCCAGGCGCAAAUUCAGUCACUAAUUGAAUGCGUAAAAGGACUUACCGUUAAAGUAGAUGCAAUAGAGCGACAAUCGCGGUCGCGUUCCAAGUCUAGAAGUAACUCUCGGUCGCAAGAUAAAUCUCGGGAUAAAGAAAAGCCUAAUUUGUGUUAUGCACACCGGAAAUACCCCGAAAAUCCAACGUCGUGCCGAAGUUGGUGCACGGAGUAUGCGGGUUGGAAAGAGAAAAAAAACUAAAGGUGCCUCCCCGCGC